CUUCCGUUCCCCCAUCCCCUAAGCAUACCGGCAUUUCCUCCACCACUACGCCCGGCCAUAUGAUAUCUUGGCCGUCGGUAAUACUUUUCACGUCCCACUUGAACCACUGUUCCGGUAGAACAAGCUCUUUUCACCUUGACAAAGGGCCUUGAGAGCUUGGAUUGUAUUAUCCCAACUUUCUCUCGCAGCGCGCGAGGGAGCUACAAUAGUUGUCCGAUCCUUGAACCCUCUUUUCUGUAUCAUUGAAGGUGAGCCUGACUUUCUUCGCGCUCCCCCCCCUCAGUCAUCUCUCCAUUCUCCCGCACAUCCAUUUUUUUUCUCAUUUUUCAUUUUUCAUUUUUCAUUUUUUUUCCUUCCCAUUUUCGUUUCUUAACAAAUUCGGACUCCUUUCGUUUCUUAUUUCCUUUUCUAUCUCCCUUUCUUCCCCUUUCCGCCAUUUUUUUUUCCCUUUCUUCGUCUGGUCGUGGUUAGUACAGUACUUGGUUGCCUCCCCACCACCUGAUUUAUUUUAUUUUAUUUCUUCUUCCCCUUCGGUGGCUCCCACACCUAGAAAUCAAGAUAUAACCCUAACCCAUACCCACCUUCCACCUUUCAAGACCUCUCACCAGUCCCACUGUUGCAUACUCAACUUGCCAAUUUUUUACCUUCUGCCAAUUUUUCUUGUCCCAUUUUCAUUUCAUUUUUUUACCCUCUCCCAUAUCCCAUAUCUGCGUUGUGCUCCUGUGCCUCACUUACGCCUUACACCCAAAGGAACUUUGCUUGUGCCCUCUGCCUUGCUCUGCUUCGUUGUGUACUUCCUGCUUUCCAUCACCAUCGUUUCCUAUUCCCCACCACCAGCAGAAGCAGGACCCCCUAAUCCCCCCAGUAACCCCCGCCCCCGGUCAUCGCUGUCGAACAUACCGGUAGCAGAACCCGAAUCUUGUACCGUUUCCGACCGGCCUUAUUAUUUUCCUUCACCCUCCUGCUUCUCUACUUAUUCUCCAUAACUUAUUCCUUUUUGGUAGCCGUACUAUUGAGUGAGGGGAGGAAAAAAGAAAGAAAAGGCGUUGUGCGCCCUGCUGUCGAGCCACAUCUAAUAUUGAGACGAGCCACCCGUCGCAGCUUCCUUCACACCGCAACGGGCGCCGUACUUUUUUCACGGUUGCUCCUACCGUACCAUCGCAACCGCCGCCAUCCAUCACCUCCAACCACAAAUCCUAUCACCUUUCCCUUCCUCCUCCCCCUUCUAAUCUUUUGUCAACCACAACCACCGAGGUCACAAUACAUCUUUUAUAAAUAAUCGCGUCGCAUUCACCAGCUUGGUGUGUUGCAACGUCCUUCGCCGUCAGACUUAUUUUUGGCAAAUAAAAAGGGUCUUGCAUACAGUCGCGGGCGGCCCUCGAACUUCCAUCCACUCCCUUUCCCUUUUUAACCCUUUCGCGUCGGAGUCUCUCGCUACAACAUAUUAGAGGUUUAACUUCUGGCUCACCUUCGCUAAAGAAUAAAAAAAUAACAACGGGUCCCAUUCUCUUUCCGUCGUUUGCCGCCUCUUCAUCCCUUCAUUCAAACACCUGUGGCUGAGCUCCUGAACCUUGCUUUACAUCGCACUUGACCUAUUCCUUAUAGUCUCACACUUUCUCUACAGAGGACACGCCAUCGCAAUAAGCAUUACCUAUUUCACUCCUCUGCGGAGCUUGGUGCUUUGAUCCAAUCUCUGCUUUUGCACCAGCGACAACAACAGCCUCGUUCUUGUCCUGUUGGCAUCAGCAUGAGCCAGGCAGAUAGCAAGGUAGGACAGGUAGGGAUGAAUAUUAAUGUUUUGAAUAUGGGGAUGGGCGUUGGAGGUCCUGCGGGUAUAAACAUGAAUGGCGGCCCAGGACCGCGGCCGGUUCCUACAAGUAACGAGAGAUUGUUACUUAAUACCUAUAUCUAUGACUACUUCCUAAAGCACGAUAUGAUAGAGACAGCGCGCUCCCUCAUAAACGAGGCCGAACUCCAGACGUUGCCGAAUGAUGGUAGUCGAAGACCAAGUCCGGCGCGUCGAGCGCAAAAACACGAUCCCGACGGCGGCAUUGUUAACGGUAUAGACGAUAAUGCAAUGGAUACCGGUGAAGGUUCCCAGAGGAAAACCGAGGAUGGAGAAGAUGGGGUAAAGAGAGGUGAUGAUUUACCCCGGCCGAAGGUCCCUUCGGACUGUCCCCACGGUUCUUUUCUGUUUGAUUGGUGGUGUCUGUUUUGGGACAUCUUUGGAGCUCGCAGUGGUGGGGGAAAGAAUACGCAUGCCGCCGCGGUCUACGUGGCCCAGACACAGGCUGCCCAAAGGAUGCGGCAGGACGUGAUUCGUCAAAUGGCCCCCCACCAACAACAGCUGAUGUCUGGGCAAGUUCCCAGCCAAAUGUUGAAUAACGCUGCGUAUUCGGGUCGCAUUAUUCAAGGUGGGAUGAUGGCCAACAAUGGCAUGCACGUGCCGGACAACACUGCUGGUAUGGAUAUGAACCAUAAGAACCAGCUUGUCCGACAGGCCAUGUUGAACAAUAAUAGAAAGACACCCCAACAGAUAAACGCGCUGAAGAACCAGCAGAUGAUACAGCAGGCGAUGCAACGAACUGAGGGCGACGUAAAUGAGAUGAACGGUCAGCAGCCAAGACCGCAAUCCCCGGCCACAGGUCAAAAUGCUAGUUCUCCUGGAACGAAGCGGAUUCGGUUGGACAAUGGUGAAUACCAGCAAGUUGGAAAUGGUCGGGGUGCACCCCAGGGAGUACCUCCGGGCAAUUCUGUCUCGGCCUCCCAAGCCCAUCAGAUGCUCUUGGCAGGUGGCAUCAAUCCUAACCAAUUGACACCGCAGCAGUUCGCGGCCUUUCAAGGUCAAAACCCGAUAACCCAACACAAGUCUAUCCAGUUGUAUGCGCAGAAUCUAGCCGCGCAUACAGGAAGAGCGGUGUCAGCGUUAAAGCAGCAAGGUGGCCCAGCAUCUGCCGGGAUGCCCAGCAUGCCGCCGAACCAGCAGAACCACGGCUCGCCGAUGAUGCCGCAAACGACUGAAGGUGCACCCUUAGGUGUUAGUGACUUUUAUGCGACAACACCUGGAGGCGGUGCGAUGCGAGGUGGUAUGAAUCCGGGGACUGGCAAUCACGCAUUGCACGACUACCAGAUGCAAUUGAUGAUGCUUGAGCAGCAGAAUAAGAAGCGGCUGAUGAUGGCACGUGCUGAGCAGGACAACAUUGCUCACCAUGGUGAUAGCCAGCGCCGAAUGGAGGCUGGAUUUCCCCAGAGCAUGUCGCCAGGGAGCAGAGCUGCUCCUUCACCCCAGCCCCAGGGUGGUCCAAAAAUGGUAGGCACACCUAAGAUGCAGAACCAGGCGGGCCCAGGAUCCCCCCUACCCGAAGGACAAAUCUCGGGACAAGUACCACAACGGAAUUCGCCGGCUGCUAUGGGUGCUUUCAAUAGCCAAAUUCCCCAGGAAGCCCAUCAGAACUUGCUUUACCCACAGAUGAAGGAUUCGAUGGGUAUGAUGAGCAACACACAAAGCGGAGGAGCACCAAAUGGCACUAUGAUGCGCCCCCCCAAUUCGCAUACAGGUUUCAAUGGACAGAUGCCCCCCGGUGAUAUGCCUCAAAUGAGGGCACAACAAGCUGGCCGUGGAGGCCCAUCCCAGAUGGUUGGCCCCGGAUGGCAGACUCAGCAACAACAGCAGAUGCAGAUGCAUCAGGCUGCUCAGCAACAACAGCAGCAGCAGCAGCAGCAGCCGCAACAACCGGGUGGACAACAAUCGGGGCAACCUCCUCAGGUUGGCACUCCGCAACAGGCCAGGCAAAAUUUACCCCACCAAGCAAUGCCACCUCCUUCGGCACCGGCGGGUGCGCCGGGCAACGGCCGCACUCAACCUUCAUCGCCACAAGUUCAAAAUCAACAGCCGGCAACACCAACGCAAUCCCAUAAGUCUGCACCAAAGGCUAAGGGUGGAAGAGAUGCUGGAAAGAAGCAACGGCCUACCAAGAAAAAUGCGGGUGCGGCUGCACAAGCCCCCAACCCGGUUACUCCUUCAUCGGAACCCCAAACGCCGACCACACCGCAGCACCCAAGCUCGUUCGCCCCGGGUGCCGCGCACCCACGCCCCGCAAACUUCGGAGCCGGCGCCCCACAAGGCGGAAACGGUGCAGGACAACCCCAGCAAAAUACACCCAACCCUGCACCUGCAGCGCCACCAGCCCCCAUCGCCGCACAAGACCCAACGACCGCAAACGCGUUCAGCGAUAUGCCUGCUGAUCUCACUCUUGGGUUUGAUGCAUUCCAAGACGGUUCGAACGAUUCACUGCUGGACAAUUUUGAUUUUGAUUCCUUCCUCAACACCGAGGAUAAUCAGGGGAUGGCGGCGUUCGAUGGCCUAUCAGGGCAAUGGAAUGAUGGCGUAGAAGCAGGCACUGGCGAGUCAUGA